CUAUAUAGACAGCUUCUACUGAAGUGGAAUGGAUGGGGGUACAAUGAUUCUAAGUUUGUUGUUCAGAAUGGAAUUGUUCACUUUACUGGGUCAAGGUACCCAAUUGGCAACCUCUCCUUGCCUUACUUUACAAAAUGGGUGAAAGAAGUUUUCAAUGUUGAUUUGAGCAUUAGGAAUAAACCUCAGGAACCUCCAGAUGAAAGCCAAUAUCCCCCUUCUAAUAUAACAGAAGAGAUAUUACAAAAAAUUGAAUCUUUUAGCGUGCCCUAUUCAACAAAAGGGAUAGAUAGAUUAUUGAGGGCUCAUGGACAUACACUGCACGAUAUCUACACUUUACGAACGUCAUCGUUUGAUCGCAUUCCCGAUAUAGUGGUAUGGCCAAACAACCAUGAAGAUGUGGCCAAUUUAGUUAAUUUUGCUAAUGAAAAUAAUGUAGUAAUCAUUCCUUUCGGUGGUGGAACUUCUGUUACCAGUGCCCUAGAAUGUUCCAAGUAUGAGCAUAGAACUGUUAUUUCAUUGGACACAUCACAAAUGAAUAAAAUUCUUUGGGUAGACAGAGAAAAUUUGGUUGUAUGUUGCGAAAGUGGCAUUAUAGGACAAGAUUUAGAAAAAGAAUUACAAAAGUUGGGUUACACAACGGGCCAUGAACCUGAUAGCUAUGAAUUUUCGUCGUUGGGUGGUUGGGUCGCAACAAGGGCGUCAGGAAUGAAAAAGAACACUUACGGAAACAUCGAAGAUAUCCUAGUUCACGUAAAAAUGGUAAGCCCAAAAGGAGUGCUUCAAAAGAAUUGCCAGGUGCCUAGACUUAGUUGUGGACCAGAUUUUCACCAUGUUAUUUUAGGUUCUGAAGGAACGCUUGGAGUUAUCACGGAGGUCAUUUUGAAAAUACGCCCCCUUCCCAAAUUUAAGAAGUACGGUUCUGUUGUAUUCCCAAAUUUUGAAGCAGGAGUAAAAUGUAUGCGAGAAGUGGCUCGGGAGAGAUGUCAGCCUGCCUCCAUUCGUCUUAUGGAUAAUAAUCAAUUUAAAUUUGGUCAAACUCUCCGACCCGAACCGGGCUACUUCGGGCUUCUCCUAGAUAGCAUAAAAAGGAUUUACCUUACGAAAAUAAAGGGGUUUGAUGUGGAUUCUAUGUGUGUUGCGACUCUUCUUUUCGAAGGUGACAAAGAAGAUAUCGAAGGAAACGAAAAGAAAAUUAAUAGAAUAGCUGCAAAGUAUGGAGGAAUUCCAGCAGGAGAAAGAAACGGCGAACGUGGUUAUCUCCUCACUUUUGUUAUCGCUUACAUUAGAGACCUUGGCUUGGAAUAUUACGUGAUGGCUGAAUCGUUUGAAACAUCCGUUCCGUGGGNACAAAACGCUAACUCAUAUUUUCAUUAA